AUGGACACGAAAGCUGGCAUCCAGGAACUAUCUGUCGCACAUGAAUCAACGCAACUGGAAAGAAUAGGCCAAGGCCGCUGUGGGACAGUAUGGGCAACUCGUUGUCCAAAAUGCGACGGACAUGGCCAUCUGGCCAUGAAACGCGAAGAUGGAAGUACAGGAAGAUCAAUCUCUCACGAGUACAAGAUGCAUCAAAAAUUGCUGAGAGCAUCUUCGCAAUCUCAUCCUUCAUCAUUCGCCAUCCCUGAGUCUUUCGGAUUCCUCAAUUCGCAAGAUAGCUCAACAUGGUCUGGCAUCCUGCCAAGAUUACCUGAAAAUUACACAGCAUGCAAUGCUAUUGUCAGUGAGAAGAUCAUACCGGUUCAGGCUUCCACUCGGAGACUCCUCAUACGAAAAUUCCGCCCCGACGUUGAUGAAGAGAGCGCCAUGAACAGUUCAAGCAACGAGCAUUGUCUUAUCCGACCAUAUCUUGGCCGCCGAAGGUAUCGUACUCCCGAGACUGGUACAGAGUCGAGGAAGCGCCUGCGAACUUUCAGCCUUCGAAACUUUCCACUACAUCUGGAUCAGAUGGAACAACUGGGCAUUGAUCCCAGUGAUUAUGCACUUGUCAUGGCAGACGCUCUUGCUUUUAUGCACUGGGUUGCAGAAGUAGAUGGCAAUGAUGUUGAGUUUGUACUUGCUCGGCCGCGGAGCAAAUCCAAUAUCUGCAAACGCCCCCAGGUGCAAUCUGAGGAUGCGUGUCUAAACAAUAUCAACAUAUUAGGCCCGCAUGCAAUUUGGAUAUUGGAUUUUGACUUGUGCAGGGAUUUGACUCUUGAUGAAAGCGGUAUUGAGCAAGCUUGCAGCGCUUUUUGGGGCAAUGAUCCAUGGUAUCCUCGGCCUGGCCGCUUGGCUACGGCUGAUCAGAAGCUAUGGAAUAUUUUUGAAGACCGAUUUCUGGAAUCGAGUGCCAAAGCUUUGGCAACGCGAUCAGAUCAAAUCAAGGAGCUUCCCAAGCUGCUCAUGGAGAAGAUCAGGCAGGCUGCAGCCACUACUUCGAACGAUGAAAUUGGAGAUUCCUAG